AAUAUCUCAACUACAAACUCGCCGUAAAAAUAUCGUGAACGCAUCUUUAGAACGUGUUUUCAAAUUCAAUUUUUAAUCUAUGCUCGUAUAAUAGAGUCCGUUUUGGUCUGUGCUAUUUUGAAAAAGCGCGGGAGUAUUGUUUUGUUUUCUGUGCUGCGGACAUAAAGUUGUUUUUAGUCUGUGCUUUUUGACGUUUCUUAUGGGAUAGUGACGCGUGGGAACGCUCGGGAGCGAAGAAGCGCGCGUGAACCAACGAUCUGUCCAAAGAUACAAAAUUGUAGCAGAUAGACACAUCCCAAUAUCCGUUUCCAAAUACACUAUGGUACGUAAAACCAGCCGAAGAGAUAAUCCUGAAAGCCUCAGCGAUGCUCAUCAUUGGCGUUAUUGGAAUCUUCCUGAACUCGAUUAUCCUCAUUAUCCUGGUGAAGAACAAGUGGCUCUGGACAGCCAGCAACUUCCUGAUAGGAAAUAUGGCAUUGCUCGAUAUGCUGACACUGAUCUUAUGUCCUUGGUUCAUGCUGGUUAGAGAUUUCUAUCAAAAUUACGUUUUGAAAAACUUCGGCUGCCGCUUCGAAGGGUUUUUGCAAGCUACACUUCUAUUAGCUAGUGUUAGUGCAGUGAUGCUUGUAAGUUACGAUCGACUGGCUGCAGCAGCACUGACUUCCGAAGCCAGAGUCACUAAAGCAUUCGCUCCGAAGUUGAUAGUUAUAACCUGGCUUGUGGCAAUGGUCAUUUCAUUACCCUGGAUAAUGAAAAGAGAGUACAUGGAACGUCAGUGGAUGAAUUUUUUGGAAAUGUACUGCGUUGAAGAUAGAAAUUUCUUAGAGAUUUAUUGGCAUUUUAUUUUGUUGUUGUUGGUUUGGCUUCCAUUAGGUGUGAUGGUAAUAACUUAUGGGGCUAUAAUCUGGCGUUUAGAGUGGAGUGCUAGGGAACUAUCCUCUCGCGGAGGAGGUCAAAUAGUUUCUAAGGCAAGGGGAAAGGCUAUGCGCAUAACUGCUAUGGUUCUAUUGGCAUCUACGAUAUGCAGAGUGCCAUAUACUGUGCUUGUUUACUGGAGAAAUAAUAUGUCUAAGGAGAUUAAUUCGGUUGAAGGUGGCUUUGAAAUUCUGUGGUUCUUAGCUAGCUUUCUGAUGUACCUAAACUGUGCUAUAAAUCCUUUGAUCUACGGCUUCACAAAUCUCAGGUUUAGACACGCUAUGGACCGCACACCAGGUCUUGCCUGCUUUAGGUUUGGCUCUUGGUGUUGUAUAUGUACUCUUGUUGCUCGAGAUUCCAAAGACUUGGAUGUUAAAAAUGUUGAACGAAUAUACGUUAUACAAGAAACACCAUUGCCAAACAAGAAAUUUACGCAUGCAUUUAAGAACUUCCUUCAUAUCAAUAAGCAAACACUUGAAUUAAGUGUUCUGAGAGUAGAUGAAGUAACUACGAAGCCUACGAAAGUGACUCCUUUAAAAAUGGAGCAGUGUAACGAAAUAUAGUGUUAUGCUUACCUUUUCUAAGAACAUUUCAUCUUCCAAUUUCUGGGAUGUUUGUUUUACAGUCUACAUUGCAUUUAAAUAUACUGUUAGUUGAAUUACACUACUCUCAACUAAUAAUUUACGUAAGGUCUGCAAUCGACCUUGCACCUC